ACCACCAACGAAAAAGAGGAUAAUCGCAUGAAGAAUGUUCCUGUCCCGGUAUACUGUCGCCCCCUGGUGGAGAAGGACCCCAACAGGAAGUUAUGGUGUGCGGCAGGCGUGGACCUGACAGGAUGGAGGGUCGGCAGCCAGGAGUCGGUACCAAGCAGAGCCCUGUUGGGCGGCAGCGAUCCCCUGCACACUGACGAGGACGGAGCUGAGAAGAAGAGCAGCCACACGUCCCCGGAGAAGAGGAAGUCAAAGGAGCUCCAAGAAACCGACAGCAUGAACAGUCGAGUGUGGAUCCUCACCAGCACUCACUCCGCCAGCAAAGUGGUCAUCAUCGACGCCAACCAGCCGGGCUCACUGGUCGACCAGUUCAACGUCUGCAACGCGCACGUGCUCUGCAUUUCCAGCGUACCAGCUGCCAGUGAAAGCGACUACCCAGCAGGAGAGAUCGUGUUGGAUCCAGGUGAUGGUGGCGCCGGCGGAGGCGAGGACACCGGUAGUGUGGAGAACAUGUUGGCCGGUAUCACUCUUGUCGGCUGCGCCACCAACUGCAGCGUUGCUCGUAGCAACUGCUCCUCACGCACUGACACCCCCAUAAUGGACAAAGGACAAGCCCCCACUGCUCCCCCCAUGAACGGAAAGAUUCACACCGCACAGUCGGCCGAGGAAGCCACUGAAGCCACAGAGGUCCCAGAGUCAACAGCCAGCCACACGAUGAGAUCCGGACCUCCAGGACCAUUCACCGAACACGUCUUCACAGAUCCCCAGCCUCGUCAUACAGAAGUCUCCGACAGAAGCGGAGGCCAGUCCAAAGAGGAAACGUCUCAGCCUCCAGAGUCAGAGGACGGAGGAGACGAGUCCAAAAACUACACGAGCGUGGCCCCCACCAUGUGGCUCGGGGCCCAGAACGGCUGGCUCUACGUGCACUCGGCUGUUGGAAACUGGAAGAAGUGUCUCCACUCCAUCAAGCUCAAAGACUCGGUGCUCAGUCUGGUGCAUGUGAAAGGUCGUGUGCUGGUCGCCCUCGCUGACGGGACGCUCGCCAUUUUCCACAGAUCAGAGGAUGGCCAGUGGGAUUUGUCCAACUACCACCUCAUGGACCUCGGUCGGCCUCAUCACUCCAUUCGCUGCAUGGCGGUCGUCCACGAUAAGGUGUGGUGCGGCUAUAAGAACAAGAUCCACGUCAUCCAGCCCAAGAGCAUGCAUAUCGAGAAGUCCUUCGACGCGCACCCCCGCAGGGAGAGCCAGGUGCGGCAGCUAGCGUGGAUCGGCGAUGGCGUGUGGGUGUCGAUCCGGCUCGACUCCACCCUGCGUCUGUACCACGCUCACACACACCAGCACCUCCAGGAUGUGGACAUCGAGCCAUACGUCAGCAAGAUGCUGGGUACUGGCAAGCUGGGCUUCUCUUUUGUGCGAAUCACGGCGCUUCUGAUCGGCGGGAAUCGUCUGUGGGUAGGAACUGGAAACGGUGUGAUCAUCUCCAUCCCACUGACGGAGACGGUGGUCCUUCACCGGGGACAGCUCCUGGGUUUGAGGGCCAAUAAGGUGUCUCCAACGUCCUCCGGGGGAGUCAUCCACGUGUACGGCGACGACGGCUCUGAAAAGAGCAGCGGCAGCUUCAUCCCUUACUGCUCGAUGGCACAGGCCCAGCUCUGUUUCCACGGACACCGAGAUGCUGUCAAGUUCUUCGUCUCAGUGCCUGGCAAUGUUCUGGCCACCCUCAACGGCAGCGUGCUGGACAGUCCGUCUGAGGGGCAGGGCUCUACAGCGCCCCCAGAGACGGAGGCCCAGAGUGUUCAAAACGUGCUGGUGCUGAGUGGAGGAGAGGGCUACAUUGACUUCCGUAUAGGGGAUGGAGAGGAUGACGAGACGGAGGAGGGAGAGAGCGGUGGGGCCUCGCAGAUGAAACCUGCCUUGUGCAAAGCUGAGCGGAGCCACAUCAUUGUCUGGCAGGUGUCUUACGUACCUGAAUGACACCUGGAUCUGCUUUAAUGCCCCUCACACCCACCCGACCACCACCUCCUCCUCCUCCUCCCCCUGGCCCCAAAAGCUUCCAGCCACCCAAACCUUGUAAUUAUCCCCGAUCGAGGAAAAGCUCCCUUGGCUCUAAAAUGACCCUCCAAGCUGUGUAUGGUCCCUUGUAACUAUGAUAUCCCCUCCUGCCCCAUCACCUUGUUACUCUAAAGCCUUGUAAGUACCUCCUCCGAUCUAGUAAUCUGCCUGCCAUCCCAUCUCUCCCACCCAGGGCAUUGUUAACUAUCUUUAUGAGCUUUGUAACCCAGCCUCAUAACUACCUCCCCUCCUCUGUAUCGAUCUUAUAUUAACCCUGUAAGCACACUGUACCUCCUCCUAUAUUUACCUCAAUUGCCCCAAAUCAGCCCGAGUUAGUCCUCCUCUUCCUUCAUUUAGUUUGUCACCUGUGAAUCCUCCACCUCGUCUGGAAGUGAAGCCCACAGCCCCAAAAUGCAACAGUUUUACCCCAAAAAAACAAAACAAGUGUGGCCAAACUGACUUCUACCACAAAUCAGAUAAUCCAUAACCAUUUGUGACUGAAAACAUUGACCCUGUUUGUUGAUGGAUGCAGAUUUCAGGUGCUUUGACACUUUGAAUCUUUUUUUGGCAUUUAAAAUUGUUGCGAACGGUUUAAGUCGCUGGGUUUGUUGAGAUUUUGAGGAUGUGUCGAAACAAAAUAAAUGUAAAGUCAAUAUUACCAUACAUUGUCAAAUUUAUAUUACAAGUCUGGGUUAUUUGGACUGUUACCUAAAAUGUUUUGCCUUCCAUCUUGCCUGUUUUGAAGAGUCCUGAUUUAGGAUUUGUUUUUCAUCAGAGCAAAGUUAUUGGGCCCAAAACGACAGGAAAUGCACCUGCAGCAGCAGCAGCAUGAUGUCAAGAGAUCAGAACAUGUUUAUGUGCUUUAAAUCUCGUGAGAGUUUGAGGGUCGAGUCCAAAACAAAUUUCUCCUCUGAAUGGCUGUGGAUCGGACUGUUUGGUGUAAAGCAGGUGAACGGUGGCGUGGCGUCAUAACGUGUACAGGGAUUAUUGUAAAUCUCCAGACACACCGAAACCCAUCCUCUUUGUUCAGUAUGGAAAUUCAUGCAUCGACCUCCAUCUGUGUGGAUUAAAUAUUAAACAUAUUUGUGUGCUGAAAAAAAA